CCGACGUGUAUUAAGAGAGGGAAAUUUGGGAAUAGGCGGGAAGCAGUUUCAUCCCUAACCUCCAAAAGAGCUUUUCCUUUGCCUCUCUCAGUUGUUGUUCACUUCACUCUCUCGUUUGUUUCUCUAUCUCUCCGUUUUGACAAAUAAUGGGUAUAAAGGGUUUAACAAAGCUUUUGGCGGACAACGCUCCAAAGGCCAUGAAGGAACAGAAAUUCGAAAGCUACUUCGGCCGCAAGAUAGCCAUUGAUGCUAGUAUGAGCAUCUACCAGUUCCUUAUUGUUGUAGGAAGAGUCGGAACUGAGAUGUUGACCAAUGAGGCUGGUGAAGUUACUAGUCACUUGCAAGGCAUGUUUACAAGGACAAUUAGGCUUCUGGAAGCCGGAAUAAAGCCAGUCUAUGUUUUUGACGGGCAGCCUCCAGAAAUGAAAAAGCAAGAACUGGCAAAACGUUAUGAAAAGAGAGCAGAUGCUACUGGAGAUUUGGAAGAGGCCAUGAAGACUGGCAAUAAGGAAGAUAUUGAGAAAUUCAGUAAAAGGACGGUGAAGGUGACAAAGCAGCACAAUGAUGAUUGCAAAAGACUUUUAAAACUCAUGGGUGUUCCAGUAAUAGAGGCUCCUUCAGAAGCAGAAGCACAAUGUGCUGCACUUUGCAAAUCUGGAAAGGUUUAUGCUGUGGCUUCUGAAGACAUGGAUUCUUUAACGUUUGGAGCUCCUAGAUUUCUUCGCCAUUUAAUGGAUCCCAGCUCAAGAAAAGUCCCUGUCAUGGAAUUUGAAAUUUCAAAGAUUUUGGAGGAGCUAAAUCUUACUAUGGAUCAAUUCAUCGACUUGUGCAUUCUUUCUGGAUGUGAUUAUUGUGAUAGCAUUCGAGGGAUUGGAGGACAGACUGCUUUAAAGCUCAUCCGUCAACAUGGCUCCAUAGAGAAUAUACUGGAGAACAUAAAUAGAGAGAGAUACCAAAUACCAGAUGAUUGGCCAUAUCAAGAGGCUAGGCAGCUUUUCAAAGAGCCAGAAGUCUAUACUGAUGCUGAGCAAGAUGAGAUUAAGUGGGCUGCCCCAGAUGAAGAAGGGCUGAUUACCUUUUUGGUAAAUGAAAAUGGAUUUAACAGUGACAGAGUGACAAAGGCAAUAGAGAAAAUUAAAGCAGCCAAGAACAAGUCAUCACAGGGCAGAUUAGAAGCAUUUUUCAAACCAGUUGCAAACCCAACUGUACCGAUUAAGAGGAAGGAAAGCAAAUGUGUGCUUAGAUCUCCCAAACCAGCAACCAAGGAUAAGAUGUUGUUCUCUCUGCAAGCUUCUACUUCAUCCAGGUCCAGAAUCAUUGGUAAUCUAAGCCUGCCAAUACUGGAUCUGGGCUCCAAGCACUCUAUGUCACUAUCCAGAGGUGUCUGCUUCGGCACUUGAAGCCGAAAGCCCUGGAAACACCAGGGAGCGCCGUUAAAGAAGCUGCUAACAAAAAGUCAAAAGCUGGUGGUGGUAAAAAGAAGAAAUAGUUGGAUUGCUUUUUAUGACCUCAAAUAGGCUGGAGCAAAGCCAUAUUCCUAUCUAGUAAGAGGUCAUGUCAAUGAAAUUCAAAUUAAAUAGUCCAGCAGGAAAAUUUUCUGAGAUAGCAAGCGGAAUUCAACAGCUUAUAAUGCUUCCACCUAUUUUGUUUAACGUUUAAAAUUGCAAGCUUCUGAGGCAGAAGAGGCAUUGAAGUUGUUUUAUAUAAUAUGUAGAGACUUCGGCUUUGAACAUUUGAACUUUGUGGUUUAGUUUUUUUUGUGUAAAGCAAAUUUUUCUUCAGCCGAUGCCUUAUAUAGUAUAUUGCACCCCUCAAAAACAUGUACAACAUAAAGUUCCUUCUAUAUGCUCAUUUGAUGUCUAAAA